AUGAGACAAGCUUGGAAAGAAUGGCCUGAAUUGACCGUUGAGCUGAGGAAUAUCCCUCCUCAAACCCGCACAGUCGACUUGUGGCGAUAUUUCCACAGCUUCGGUGACAUUGUCCUCGCUCAAAUCAUUCGUGAGGCCAAGGGUAAUUCAAUUGGCGUAGCGAGAGUUCGUUUCUCACCUGUGCCUGAGAGAUCCUUUUGGGACAGCGAAACCAUCAUCAUCGAUAUACAAAAUCAAUGCAAGAAGGUUCGCAUAAAUCUCCUGCGCUUUCGUGGCGUGCCGACCAUAAAAAGUCCCAUCAGGGCUGGUAUUGAGUACCCAGAGCAGAAAACUAUGCGUCCAGUCAGCCUAGAUUUCGGGUUCCUCUCCCAGGAGAACUCCAUGGAUAUCAUGAAGACCAUCAAACAUGAUGCCAGCUCACGGCACCAACUGCAAAUGACACUUGACCUGAAAUAUAAGCAGCUCAUCGUCAGGUUCCCCUGCGCCAUUCCGGAUCCACGGCAGCAAGAACCCAUUGCACAGACGAAGACUUCGGAAUACAGAAUGAGGAUCCAAUUCGGUCACCUUGACAAGGUAUACCGUGUAAACAUCGAUCAAACCCAGUGGGCAUUAGUAAUCCCACUCAAGAGUCCUCCGGCUUUCUUCCGUCGCAGAAGGAAAAUUGAAGACUCACACAGUACCGUGAACAACAGAUGGGUGGAAAACGACGCAUGGCAGCGGACUGACGAGAUCGUAUAUCACAGCGACUUGACGAAGGACGACCCUGUGGGCAUCAAGAGAUCACAUCAGUUCAUCAAUGUUGGAAGAUGGACCACAUACAGACUUCUUUUCCGAGCUUUUGACAAUGAUGAUUGGCGAGUCAUCAAAAAUGCCCUGCUUGACUUCAACAUCAAAGUCAUGGUCACCAACGGUGAGAGUUUUACAUGCCAGCCAGGUCGACCGCCCACACUAUGGGAUAUGAUCGAUGCUCCCGUGGCCGCAAGUGCCAAUGAUCAGCUGGCUCUCCUCCAUGAUUCAGACAGUGUUCACCUCCCUUUCGAGUUGAGAUAUCAGCUUGAAGCGGCAAUUUCACAGGGUGUCUUCAGUGAGCAAAGCCUUACUCUCGAAUUUCUCAAGAAGCUUGAGAAAUUGAAUAACGGACAAAGCCGUUUUAUCAACAAGGCCAAGAACAUGCUGGAGUAUGUGACCGACACGGGCAAGAGGAUAUUCGAUCCUAUGAGCAUCUUCGAGGACAGGGCUGCUCUGACGCAUUACCCGCAAAUUGGUUUGCCAGAAUACUGUAAUUGGGUGAGAAAAGUCAUCAUCACGCCUUCCACGGUGUACCUCGGCUCCCCAACCGUGGAGACGACCAACAGAGUACUCCGACAGUACGCCAACAAUGCGAAUCGUUUCAUUAGAGUUCAGUUCACGGAUGAGAAGAUCGAGGGACGCAUGUCGUCGGUGCCAAACAAUGAUCGGAACGAUCCUCUCUUCAGAAGAGUGUAUCGGACCUUGCAGAACGGCAUUCAGAUCGGGGACCGCUGUUACGAAUUUCUGGCCUUCGGCAACUCACAGUUCAGAGAGAACGGUGCCUACUUCUUCUGUCCAAGCGAUUCACAGUCAUGUGAUGAUAUCCGUGACUGGAUGGGCGAUUUCAGCCACAUCAAGGUCGUGGCCAAGUAUGCCGCUAGGCUUGGACAGUGCUUUUCAACCACGAGAGCCCCCCAAGGCAUAGCUGUUGGCCAGACUAUCAAGGAGAUAGCUGAAAUUGAGACAGAAUAUUGGUGUUUCAGCGACGGCGUCGGAAUGAUUUCUCAUUACCUUGCUACGAGUAUAGCACGCAAGCUGGACAUGCACAAACAAGGUACGACACCGUCCGCUUUCCAGUUUCGCCUCGGCGGAAACAAAGGCAUCGUCGUUAUUUGGCCGGAAGCCAAGUUCAACGAAAUACACCUACGGCCGUCUCAAAAGAAGUUUGACUCGUUGUCAAAGAGCAUUGAGAUCAUUCGGCCCUCGCGUUUCUCUGUGGCCACUCUCAAUAGACAAACGAUCAACAUCCUUAGCUGUCUCGGCGUACCGGACGAGGUGUUCACUGAGAUGACUAAGAAUCAACUGGCCGGUUACGAGCUUGCAAUGACUGACCCCGACGUGGCUCUAAAACUCCUUGAGCGGUUCGCGGACGAGAAUGGUACGGCGAUCACCAUCGCUCAAAUGAUUCGUGAUGGUUUCAUGACGUGCGAAGAACCGUUCAUGCAAGCAACUCUACAGCUUUGGAGAGCCUGGUCUAUGAAACAGCUACGCGAGAAGGCGCGUAUUAUUGUCGAAAAUGGCGCUCAUCUGCUAGGAUGCGUGGACGAAACCAACACUCUCAGGGGCCACACAAGAGAGGUCGAAUCAGAUACAGCCAAGGAUCGGUCCAAGCUACCUCAAAUUUUCUUGCAAAUCCCCGAAUUGGAUCAACCCAACAGCUACAAAGUGGUCGAAGGAUUGUGCGUGGUUGGACGAAACCCAUCUCUUCAUCCGGGCGAUCUCAGGGUUGUGGAAGCUGUUGAUGUGAAAGCCUUGAGACAUCUUCGCAAUGUGGUGGUCUUUCCUUCUCACGGCGAUCAAGACAUCCCGUCCAUGUGUUCCGGUGGUGAUCUGGAUGGAGACGAGUUCUUCGUCCUAUUCGACCCCAAACUCAUACCUGAUGAGUGGAACCACCCCCCGAUGAUUCAUGACGCGGCGAGAGCCAAAGAGCUGAACCGGGACGUCCAGAUCAAAGACAUCGUCAAGUUCUUCGUUGAAUAUAUGAAGAAUGAUUCGCUGGGAACUAUUGCAAAUGCUCACCUAGCGAUGUCCGAUUGCUCGCCGCAAGGCCCAAAAGACGAGAGAUGCCUCAAGUUGGCCCGUCUGCACUCAAACGCCGUCGAUUAUGUCAAGACGGGCAACCCGGCCCACAUCACUGCGAAGCUACUACCCGUGAAAUACCCGCACUUCAUGGAGAAGAAUCCUAAAUCAACAUAUCGGUCUUCCCGCGUCCUGGGUAAAAUCUAUGAUGUCGUGUCAUCCAUCGACUUCUCGCCCAAGUACGACAGCCCGUUUGACAAGCGAGUACUUCUUCGCUACCGACUAUCGGAUGAUUUGCUAGGUAGAGCCCGAGCCGUCAAGUCUCAGUAUGACAUGGCGAUGCGGCGUAUAAUGAACCAGCGGGAAAUCAAGACUGAAUUUGAGGUUUGGUCCACAUUUGUCUUGAGCAAGCCUCGAGUUGGUACGGACUACAAGGUACAAGAAGAUAUGGGCUUCGUUAUAGUUAGUCUUCGGGAUCGCUUCAUCAAGGCAUGCAUGGAGGCGGCCGGGGCCCCCAAUCGAGACCAGGCCAAACUGUACCCUUUCGUUGCCGCAAUGUACCGUAUCACGUGGGAGGAGGUGCAGCUUGCCCUCCAGGAGUGUAAAGAGACCUGGGUCAUUGAAGGCCACCUCAUCCCGAAGCGACAGACGACACAGGAGCACAUGCCCCUUAUCAGCUUCCCUUGGCUUUUUGGCCAAGAACUAGGCCGUAUCGCAUGCAACAGUAUGGGGGAAGGUUUAGAGCUGGAUCAUUUUCCUGCCCCAACCGUCAUCAAGACUGUAAACGGAGACCGCAUCACAACCACUGGAAAUGAAGCAAUUGAGACGGAGCAUGGCAAAAUCAUCCACCGUGGGGCGGAACUAUUUAGAAUGCCUGAAACUACCGGCGAGAAUGAGUACGAGGUCGUCGCAAGUGAUGAAUACCAGGCAUAUUCUGGAGAAGACUUCUCACCGCCGAAUCGCGACGAACUCGAGGAGGCGGCCGACGCCAAGAUGGAGCCCAAACCCCAACCCCAAGGGAAUGAGGCAGACUCGGGCGAGAAGGAUGCGGUGGAGGAGUUCGUGGAGGAAGAGGCUGUGGAGGAAGACGAGGGCGGGAUAGACGCCCUGGCGCGACUGGCUCUGUAG